AUGGUGACCGUCUCCCGCACGUUUGCCGUCGCUGAAUCAUUUCUUCGACAACAAGCCAUAGCCGGCUCCAUCUGGAUCCCUGUGGACAUGGCCGCCGAAGCUGCUGCCGUUGGCACUUCGGAAAACGUGGACCCAUUGGUGUCUGCCAGGCCCUACAGAUCGCACAAGAUUCCGGCCUGCGACUUUUGCCGCCGCCGAAAGUCGCGAUGUGAUCGGGUCCGUCUUGAUGAGCCCUGCUCCCUCUGCCGGGCGCAUUGGCGCACAUGCACGUCUCGGUCUGCCGAUCACGCCGUCCUCACCAGGCCGAUGACACCUCGCCAACGCCGGCCUCGAAAGGAUCACAAGACUCACAGGCCGUCGGCCGUCCCGCCUUCAUCUCCGCCGGAGACCGUGGCCGUGGUUGACAAGACAGUGGAUGGCCGGCUCAGCGCCCACGGUUCACCACACAGGCCCUCGCCCCACGCCGCCGAGGCGGCGCCAAACCUGGAAUCCACAGUCGUCCCUGAGACAAAUCUCUCAGGUCACAUCGUGGGCCCCACGUUGGCGCGAGACGCCCAGAUGCUGGAGCAGUACAUCUCGCCUCGGGACAAUGUAGCCGUCAGCCACGUGCAUCCGAACCCCUACAGCGUCUACUCGGACGACCCGCUGAAUCCGGUCGUGUACAUGAAGGUGCCACGGCAGCGGUCGCGGGUGUCAUCCGGGAACGGCACUCCGGGCUUCAAGCAGUUCGAGGUCAUCGACAAGAUAUGCGAGUCUCUGGGACCCAACUUGGUGGACUUAUACUUUGACAUUGUGCACCCUCCCUUUCCCAUCCUGGACCAGACUGCCAUUGUGAAAGCAUACGAGCAGGGGGUCCUUCCGCAUGCCUUGACCUGCGAAAUCUAUGCCGUCGCCCUUGUUUUCUGGCAGUUGUCGGACAAGAUCGCCGCCACCAGCCGUCCACCACCCGAUAUCCGCUACAUCUGGAACUUGACUGUCAGUGCUAUGCACGAGGACUUCCUAUCUCCGUGUUUUUCCACCGUGGUCGCCUGCAUACUAGAUCUCUUGGGCCGACCCAUAACUUCCAUCACGUACAACGCCAUCAACGUGGGCAGUGCCGUUGCAUUGGCCCAGAGUCUGGGACUCAAUCGCAAUCCGGCCAGUUGGAACCUCGAAAGCCCACAGAAGAAUCUGCGUAUCAGGACCUGGUGGGCCCUGCUCAUCCACGACUACUGGGCAAGUCUCUGCCAUGGGACGCCGUGCCACAUUCAUCGGGACCAGUGGGACGUCGUACUUCCCACCAUGGGUACUAUCCUAGACGGCGCUGUGUCAGAGAACUCUUCGACCGUGUCUGAAGCACGCCGCAAGGGAGCACAGUCAUUCAUAGGCCUAUGCCGGCUCACAAAGAUCCUCGGCGAAUUGCUGUCGACCAUUUACUGCCUGCGACACGAGCCGCUCGAGAACGUGCUGCGUAAUCUGCGCCGCAUAGAAACGUCUAUUGACGACUGGCAGGAGUCUCUUCCUCCCUGGCUCAAUCCCGAACACGGGGAUUUUGAACGGGACCAGCCGGGGUCUCUAAAUCUGAGGCUGUCAUUCUUAGCUGUGAAGAUGUGCAUCUGCCGUGUCGCGCUGCAGGGUAGAUGCGUCAAGGCCGGCAAUUCUCUCAUCCAGUUUGUGACUUCUCUUUCGACAGAUGAAACACGAAUGUUUUGGCUUCCCUACGCAGCCUACCAUUUUGCUUCUGCGGUCACUCUUAUGCUGCGGUGUGCUCUGGAGGCUCAUACUGAGAAUGUGGGAGUGACAUGUGUCAAGAGUGCCCGGAAGCUGAUCGACUACCUCAGACGAAUGAAGACUGAGGCCGAUUGGGACCUCGCGGAUAUUUGUCUAGGCCAGUGCGAGACAACCGUCAAGCAGAUGAGUGACGGUGGUUAUGCAGAGUUCUGGAAGAGAACAGGCGGUGCAGGCAGGCUGUUAUCGGAUUCGGUGCGUGACCAUGUGGCGCAGCCCGGACAAGACGAAGUCGAGGAUGGAUCAGGCCUGGUUGGAGGCAUCGCGGAUGCAGCAUCAACUUCCGCGGCAGUUGCCGCUGUCGAUCCCGUACAGCUUCCGGAGACCUUUGCGGCCAUCCCCCGGGAGUCGCUUCUCUUCGGCCUCUCCCCAAUCCAGGCACUUCCCCGCAUCUCUAAGGCUCUCGGGGGGAAAGUCAACAUAUAUGCCAAGAGAGAGGACUGUAACUCGGGCUUUGCCUACGGUGGCAACAAGACCCGGAAGCUUGAGUACUUUGUACCGGAGAUCCUGUCUAGCGGAAGUGAUACGCUGAUUAGCAUCGGCGGCGUCCAAUCUAACCACACGCGCCAGGUGGCGGCUCUUGCUACGAGACUCGGCUUGAAGGCUGCCCUCGUGCAGGAGAAGUGGGUGAACUGGGAUGAUGUGGUGUACGAGAAGGCCGGCAACAUCCAGCUAUCGCGGCUAAUGGGCGCCGACGUUCGGCUAGACCCAUCACCGUUUGGCAUCGAGCACAAACCAACGCUGAAGAACCUGGAAAAGGAACUGCAAGCUGCAGGCGCCAAGCCCUACUACAUCCCGGCCGGAGCAUCAGACCACCCGCUUGGCGGUCUCGGCUUUGCACGGUGGGCCUUCGAGGUCAUCCAGCAGGAGAAGGAGGCGGGUGUCUUCUAUGAUGCCAUCAUCGUGUGCGCCGUGACGGGUUCGACGAUGGCCGGCAUCGUUGCCGGUUUCAAGCUGGCCGAAAAGCUGGGCGGAAAGCCGCGCAAAGUAAUCGGCAUAGAUGCCUCGGCCACAGUCGAGCAGACAGCCGCACAGGUGCUGCGCAUUGCCAAGGCCACCGGCGUGAAGAUUGGACUAGAAGACGGCGACAUCACAGAGAAGGACAUCAUCCUCGACGGCCGGUACCACGCCGGUACCUACGGCAUCCCGGACAAGACGACCAUUGAUGCCAUCAAGUUCGGUGCAUCGACCGAGGCCUUCAUCACCGACCCGGUGUACGAGGGCAAGAGCCUGGCAGGCAUGAUGGAUCUGGUGCGCAACGGCGAGAUCGCCGAGGGUUCCAACGUGCUGUACGCACAUCUUGGCGGCCAGCUGGCUCUCAACGCCUACACUUCCAUGUAG